AUGCAGCCAGCCUUGGUGAUCUGUCUUGUGGCGUCGGUGGUGGGAACGGCACAUGCCUUCUACGCACUUCCACCUUCUUUUCAAAGGUAAGAUUAUUGUAAUUUACAAAGUUUGGAUUGAAGAUUGGGAAAGUAGGGAUACUGUAAUGUAUUCUUCAAGCAAUAAUUUUAAAAAAUUUCUUCGUAGUAGGUGCAAACCUUUUUUGUGUUUUCUACGUUGCUUAAUGGUGUCUUUUGGCAUCAUAUCUGAACGUCGAAUAUACGACGACAAUACAAAUAGUCAAGCUUUGUUAUCAAGCAUUUAAUAAUAUUUAUCCUUGUUACUCAUAUUGCUCACUCUAUGUGAAUGCCUUACAACUGUCAUUUUUUCAACAUUAUCAAUCCAUCUGUCAUGUUUCAGAGCAACCAAGUAACCAUUUCUUUUUCAAUUUCUAAUUUCUUGAAUGUAUUAUUUUUAUUAUCCAUCUUAUUGUCUAUCCUUUGAUCAUAAAAUUACACGUUUUGCAAGAGAUAUUACAUUUUAUUUCCUACCGUUUGAGCAUUAUUUUCGUAUCUGACCAGUGAAUUACGUACCGAUUAUAUCAAGUCUCUAAAGACAACUCUGAUUUCUUGAAAUACUUUGCGACAGUAUUUGUUAACUGGAGAAUUAAGAUGUAUUCAAAAUUUAUGUGCAAUUCCAUUAUGUCUUAAAGCUCCCACGUAUUUUAAAGUUCACUUUAUUGCAGAGGCGUUUUUUAUGAAAUUUUUUUCUACUUUGUGCGUAUCACGUUCUUGUCCAACGUCUUCUGAUUCUAAAUUCAUUGGACUCGGAAGUUCCGAUGUUUAAUUUUUAAGGGAUUUGGGGGAAAGGGCGAAGGUCGAACCUCGAACACCUCAUAAUAUUGAAGAUUUGAUUUUUCGGGGCUAAGGUAGUACAACCCCCCAGUCCAGUUCAGCCCCCCUUGACCCAGUAUAAACCCCCUCAUCCAAUCUGAACCGCCUACUGGGGAUUGGGUUCUCUCGGCUACAAUCAUCGCUGCCUGAACCACAAGAACGAACUUGGACGGUAACUGGGGGUUUGAGCUAAAACGCCGGGGGUCAUUUCACUCUAAUUUGCAUUUUUUGUAUUAUUCUAAUUUUUUAAUUAUGGGGGGUGUGAAAUGGACAAAACAUUGGGGGUUUGAACUACCUUUCGUGGGGGGCUGAACUACCAAAGCCCCGAUUUUUCUGACAAGGAAAGUACUUUUAUGGGGGCUCCUACUUUUUGACGGGACAUAUCUCAAAAAAUCAGAAAAAAUGUGCUGAUCAAGGAUAUAUAAAUCCUAGCUGCCCAUUUUGGGUUUUUUGGCAUGUUUUGGCCGUCGAAAGUUUUGAAAUUCGCAAGAGGAAAGAAUAAAAGACGAUUUGAAACGCAGGGAAACCAAUGAGUGAGUGGCGCAGUUGGUUGCGCAGAAGACUGGGGUUUGUGCGGAGGGGGGUUCGAGUUCCCUUUUGUGAUUUUUUUUUUAUUUUUUGUAUUUUUGCUGUAAAAUACAAGUAAGGAUGUUCAAAGAUAAUUUAAGGGGCUUUUCGAAAUAAAAAAUGUUUUUUUCUGGCUGUUCAGUUCAUCUCCUACGGAGAUUUAAGCCGAAGCAGUAGACUGACAAUAUCGGUCAACUAUCUUCUCACCUUUCAAGCCAAGGGUUCGGUUAGAGUGCAUCUCCUUGUAUAUUGGGGUCUGGUCGCAAUUUAGCACACAAUCGAAUGGAAAUUUUUGCAUUUCGGCCUUGACUUCAUUCACAAACUUUUUUUUUCCUCGGCCGUGAGGGCAUUUUUGCGUUUUUUGGAGGCGACCCAUCGGGUCACUUGUCUUGAACAUAUUUUUGUUUGUUUUUUAAAGUUUUGAAUAAAAUUAUGACUAGCUUUAAAAUUUUUUAAUCCCAGAUCAUUAGCUAUUUGAAGUGCUUCACUGCGGAUCCAGGAAUCAUGUAGGAUCUUUUUUGAGUUAAUUUGGUCCAAAACACGUUUUUUGAGGGAAAAUCCGAGGGUUCGAAAAUUGAACCUCAGUCUACCUUUUAACCCCCCAGUUUGUUCAAAUUCUCCAAGGUUCGUCUUCUUCCAAGUCUUCAUAAUCCGGAUCACUCUCAUAGUUGUCAGUUUCAACUUCGGCCUCUUCAUUCUCCUCUUCUAACGUCAUCCCAUUCUUACAUUGUUCAAUACAAUACGCAAACCGAUCCGCCAUCUUCUGUUCUUCUCUGGUAGCGGCUUUAGCAUCCCCAACACCAUAUUUGUCCAACAAUAUGGACACAACAUUUUGCGGCGAAAAUUCGGACAUUUUAUGACUGCACGUCACAGGGAAAUGAGUGUUUCUUGACACCCUUCCGUGAUUUUUUGGCUUCGUUUAUGUUUUUAAGUCGCGUUUUUGACUUCUAAUUAAUAGCCAACGGGAAAUGAAAAGCCUCAAUCAAUGUUUUCUAACUUUAUUUUGUAUUUUUCAGCAAAAAUACAAAAAAUAAAAAAAAAUCACAAAAGGGAACUCGAACCCCCCUCCGCACAAACCCCAGUCUUCUGCGCAACCAACUGCGCCACUCACUCCCUGCCUUCAAAUCGUCUUUUAUUCUUUCCUCUUGCGAAUUUCAAAACUUUCGACGGCCAAAACAUGCCAAAAAACCCAAAAUGGGCAGCUAGGAUUUAUAUAUCCUUGAUCAGCACAUUUUUUCUGAUUUUUUGAGAUAUGUCCCGUCAAAAAGUAGGAGCCCCCAUAAAAGUACUUUCCUUGUGAGGAAACAUUGAAGCCCAUAAACCUUGAGAUAUUUCGAAUGUUCGACCAUCAGCUCAUCCUUUCUCACAAAUUCAUUUCUACCAUAUCCGGUCUUAAAAUAGUCCUAAAAUCCUCCCAUUCUAGAUACAUGUCGGAUCGGUCGAUGCUCCGUCCCUCGGCGCCCCUUCCCCAGUUGGUACCCUUCCUUCCGCCAGUCCCAAUUGCUUUGGAAGAAGAGCCAAUCGCUGCCGAGCCCCAUCCAAACAACGCCAAAGGCUAUGAAGAAGUGCAAGUUCCUCGUCGUUCGCUCAGGCAAUUCAUCGGUGAGACGCAUCAAAUGAAGAGGAUGAGACCUUGUUUCUAUUCCCCCAUCCAGUGCCUGAUGAAGAAACGGUCCCAGCCUUAA